UGUCGGUCUUUCCCGGGUAUGCCAGUGCUUGUCCGACGUACGCGGGUGAUUCAUCGCAGUCUUGAGAUAAAUACGGUGCAGCAGGACAACCUUGCGGUCAAAUAGCAUCGCAAGACAUGAUCGGGCGUUUGUGUUUGAUUCUCGCAGUAGUCGCAUCAGCGUCGGCACAGAACGGUGGCGUCGACGACUUGGGCGGGCUCUUCGAUGACAUAUCGCCGCCACCGCCACCUGCCGCGGGCGGCGAUUCUUCGACGACGACAACGCCCUCGCCGCGAUACUCUGCGUGCAUGAAUGCCUGCCAGACGGUCAGCAGCUACAAUCCCGUCUGCGGCUCUGACGGUAACACCUACAGCAAUCAGCAGCGGCUGCAGUGCGCCCGACGUUGCGGAUCAAACGUGCAGCUCGUCCGCGGUGGCACGUGCCAGCCCUUGAGUUAAACGACGCGAUCACCCCUCAGUGUUUAGAUUUUUACGUAUAUAAUUUAUUUUCGCCUAUUCUUAAAUAAAACUUCAUUGGUUGGUU